UCCUUUUUAUCCCGUUUUGAUUAUGUAUGGGUGUAAUCUAGUUAGUGGAACAGUUUACAUUUCCACUGGACUUUGCCUCUUUUUGGUUUCCAAGAAAGUGGAUAACAGAAAAAAAAAAUUGGAUUUUUUUAAAGCAAUUCGGGUUUUCUUGUUUUGUUGAAUGAGAUUGUUCCAUUCUGUGUUAAUAUGCUCAAUUUGAUUCAGUAGAAGGUGGAAGGAAGCUUGUUAAAGUUUUAAGCAGUUGUCUUUGUCUAAUCAUACAGUAUUUGACUGGGAGGGAAUUCUAUGGGGAAAUUCAACUUGGGGGUAAAAUGGGGCAUUUUUCAUCCAUGUUUAAUGGAUUGGCAAGAUCUCUGUCACUGAAAAAAGGAAGGGAAAACUCUAGGAACGGGAAUUACAAUGGAACAGAGGCUGCAGAAUCUAUGGAUAAAGGAGCCAAGAAAAAUGAUUUUAUAUUAAGGUCUUCAGGGACUGUAAAUGUUGAUGGUUCUAAGAAUUUUGCUUCUGCCUUCUCUAAGAGAGGAGAAAAAGGAGUGAAUCAAGAUUGUGUCAUUGUUUGGGAGGAAUUUGGAUGCCAAAAAGACAUGAUAUUCUGCGGAGUAUUUGAUGGGCAUGGUCCGUGGGGCCAUUUCGUGGCGAAAUGUGUACGAGAAUCAUUGCCAUCAUCUCUGCUUUCCAAUCUAUUUGAGGCUUCAACUGAUUCAGAUUUCGAUUUGGAUUCUGAUAAAUUGCUUCAUGAAUUCGAUAUUUGGAAGCAUUCCUACACCAAGGCAUGUGCUGCUGUAGAUCACGAGCUGGAACAACAUCCUAAGAUUGAUUCAUUCUACAGUGGUACCACUUCUUUGACAAUAGUCAGACAGGGUGAGGCUCUUUUUACCGCGAAUGUUGGCGACUCGCGCGCUGUAUUGGCCACCACUUCUGAAGAUGGCAACUUGGUGCCAGUUCAGCUCACUAUUGAUUUCAAGCCUAAUCUACCUCAGGAAGCUGAACGGAUAAAGCAGUGCAAUGGCCGAGUAUUUUGCGUGGACGAUGAACCUGGGGUGCACCGGUUAUGGCUGCCUGAAAACCAAUCCCCCGGAUUGGCUAUGUCUAGAGCUUUUGGAGACUACUGUGUGAAGGAUUUCGGACUAACUUCUGUUCCUGACGUGAUUGAAAGAUCUAUCACAAGCAAAGAUCAAUUUGUUGUGCUGGCAACAGAUGGGGUUUGGGAUGUUAUUUCCAACGAAGAGGCAGUACAAAUUGUGUCAUCGACCCCAGAGAGGGCAAAAGCCGCAAAGCGUUUGGUGCAAUCUGCUGGCUGUGCCUGGAGACGUAAGAGGAGAGGAAUAGCUAUGGAUGAUAUUUCAGCUAUUGUACUUUUUUUUCAUUCUUCUCCCUUGUGACAACAAAUUCACCCUGUAUAGAUACACCAGAACAGAACUUAGUGAAAAAGCAAGUUUGCUUCUCCCGCUCUCUACAACAGAAUAAAACUUAGUGAAUUUGCUUC